AUGAGCAAGCCCAUCUCACAACAAUACAUGACAGCAGUGCAUCCCAGGACAACUCCAAUAUCUGACAUUUAUGAUGACCAGCUCCCUCUUGGGAUUCCCCAUCAACUUGCUUUUGAUUUGCAGUACUGCUAUCUGAAUAAGGGAGGAUACAAGGGCAGGACGCUGAGUGGAUGCUGUUAUGACUUAGAUAUACCAACCUCUAUCCAUGCCAAUGGCACCCACAUUAGGGGUAGUCCCACUCACCUCUCACCAGUGAAUUUGACCAAGCUCACUCUGUCCCAUGCUCACCUUGCAUCAAUGUCUCCUUAG